UCAGAUGUUGGGCUCGUUGCGAGCUGAUCUUCUUCAUCAAGAACGACUGAAUACAGUCGUUUUUCUCCAUAUUUAAUGCCUUCCCUACUUCCAUGUAGAUGAUGGAUAGUGUAAGAUAUUUGUCUUAUCAUCAGUGGAGAGCUAGGAAAGAUGAGGGUGUGAAACCACUUCACUAUCAYGAAAAACUGUUGACGAAUGUGGAGAGACUUCAAGACAAUGUAACUGCCAUUGAUCAGCAUAUUAAGGAUUAUCUAGACGUGWCAAAAUCAUUUUGUGGGGCUGGUUCUCACUUAGCCGAAGCUUUCUGCUUGGUUCUAAAGGAUACGCCACUGUCUGAGAUCACUCAGCAACUUAAACAAGUUGUAGAGGAGAUCGAUCAUGUUGCUCAUAAGUCAAGUCUACAUAUCAUGAACCAUAUCUUGGGUACGUUAUGUGAAUUCACUGCCACUUUUCCAGAUCUCAAACGAGCAAUCGAAGCUCACAAGAGGAGUGCCCAGAAUUACGAAUCAUGCCAGGAAAAUCUUGAAGCGUUGGACCGAGAUGAAACACUGWGUGAAAACUCCAAGCGGUUUAAAAUUGCCAAGAAACGUUUUCGUUCAGCUGACGAGGAACUUUCAACUGAGGAAGAGAACCUUUAUCGUAGCUUUACAGAAGUUGAGGAAAAUCGGGUAAAGAUGCUUGGUUCCUGUUUUCUUUCUUUAUUGCAAAUUCAGUCUCAGUUCUUGACAUCAUCAUCUGAGUUGAUGUCUCCAGUUGGCAGUUUUCAAGAAAUUGGGGAUUACCUGCGGGACAGAGAAGUCACCCUUGCUUUGAAAGAUGCUACAACAGCUUGGCUGUCUCUUGCACAAGCCAACCAGGGUCUUCGUCAAGGAAAAGGUUUGACAAGAUAUGAUGUUCAUUUGCUUGUUGAUCAAGAUUUGUCAGAAUCAGAGAAAAAACAGCUGGCCAUMAGGGUGGAGCUACUUUUAAAGAAUUAUCAGAGAGAGUUUGAAAGAGCACCUACUCCAGAGGCUGAUAUUCCUGGUGGAUUUCAAAAACAUCCUAAGGGAAUUGAACUUGCUCUCAAGGGUUGUUGUUCAGAAACAGAAGCACUUGCUGCCGGUGGACUCUUGGAACUUGUCACAAAGGAAGAAAUGGAAGCAGAAAUUGUUAGACAUCUUCCUAAACUCCAGCUCAAGAUAGGUUCUGUUGUUCAUGAUACUUGUGCAUCUCCAAGCAAGGCUCCUGACAAUCUGAAGUCAAAAUUGCACUGUAUCCGAGAGCUUGUUGUUAAUGUAGCAACGCACAAUGAUAUUCCUAUGAACAAAGAAAACCUGGACCAGUUUGUUACUGCUAUUUUGUAUGAAGCUUGUUCUCCUGUCUGUAUGUCGUCAUCAAAGACAGCUGUGCAGUUGCUGUUUGGGAGGGCAAACCUGGUUACAAUUAAACCAUGCAAAGAAGCUAACACUCGGCAGGCACGAGUGUUUGUAAAAAGUACCAAUGUCCAUGUAGAAGUUCUGUCAACAUGGUCUAUCRSUGCAGAUCAGAUGUUAUUUGCUUGUCUCUCACAUGAUGUGGACUUGAGCACAGUUCUUGGUACAGUUGAUGCCAUUAGUGUGGCUAAGUUUAGCUUGAUGGAUUUUCUAGAAGACAAGGAGCGUCUGCUACCUACUAUUUAUAUCAAAAGACACAACAUACCACAAUCACCGUCUACUCUCCCCAAGCAAGAAUCAUCCCCAUCACAUAAACAGAACAGAUUCCGCAAGUCACUGACCAAAGCCACCUCGAAGAUUUUCUCAAGGAAGUCAUCCCAGGGAACAAAGCAACCUGGGAAUACUGGAAAUGUCUUGGAGUCUCCUACUUCAUCUCCUCCUAGUGCUGGCACUAGCAGUGGGUCUCCUGGCAAUGAUGGUAAUCGCAUUUCUUUGGUCACUUCCAGUACAGAAGCCAGUAAUGAUUUUGACACAGAAGAAAUAGAAAAUUUUGCCCCUCUACCCCCACCACGCCCUAAACACUGGGCCCGUAAAGUAAGGUUACAGAACAUGGGAGAAGCAGACAAAGGAACCUCUGAAUCUGAGAAAGCGCCAUGUACAGAGAAAAGGGACGAUUGGUACUCAGCUGAUUCUAAGUUUCCUCCAGCAAUGUUUAAACCAACGCUUUCAGAUUCACAGAGUCAACUAUCUGUAGCUUCACAACAAGAGUUAGAUGAAGUAAUCAAGUUUCUGUCAGGAGCACCAAACCCUCGCCGAAAGUCUGCUCCUACUGAUAAUGUUGAUAACAGCAGUCAUGUGACACCAGCAGACAGCGGUAUAGGUAGUACAUUAAGUAUUUCACUCAGUACAGUAACCCAACAAAAUUCUUCUGAAGGUCCUGACUUGACAAUACCAGCAAUCACAACGUCUACUCCUCCAGUUGACCCUGUCAAAGAAACCAAGAAAGAAAACAAAUGUCGUAAAGGAAAAAACAAACAAGAUUCAGAUACAAAGAAGGAAAGCAACAAAUCUGAAUCUAACAAAGGAAAAAAGUCGAAUAAAAAAUCAGAGAAAAGUCAAGAUUCAGGAAAUAAAAGUGAAGCACAAUCAAAAGAGAAACAACCAAACAGCAAAGCUGUGAAUUCUUCCAAGGAAGAUACAAGCAAAAUAGAAAAUAAACAAAAGGGGAAAGUGAAGGAGCAAAAGAAUUUUGAAGAAAUGGAAAAUAAAACAUGCGAGCCGAGCCCAGUUGUGGUAACGGUCAGUUCUGUUGAUGACGACCUACAGAAUGAGCAAGAUAAGGUUACCAUCAGUGAAAGUCUUAGGAGUGUUUGGGAAAACGYAGAACCAUCCAAAAAUCAGAAGGACAAUGGAGUGGGAUCGUUGAAGUUGCGCAAAGAGAAGUAUGGCUCUCAAGAAACUCUAUAUCACAGCUGCUGGUCUUUGUCGGAAUUCAAUGACAAGGGACACAAAGAUGAAGAUACAAGAAGUCUUAACGAAAACAUGUUGCCUAGUAACGCCUCUCCUGUAAUGGACCUGGGCUUAAAGUGGCCGAUGGGGUUUGGUAGUGAUGUUUGGGGUAGUAACCCUAAUGUGAGCGAGAUAAAUGAGACUGAGACUGGCCAGUGGUGCCGUUCUGAUGAGAGUCUCGACCGUUCAAAUCAUGGUGGUAAAAGUGCAUUUUCCCUUGGAUUGGGUAUCACUGGACCUGARCUAUUUGCUGCAGCAAGCCAGGCAGGACGAGAUGAAAUAGUUCAAGGUAAAGGUCUGUCUGUCCCUGAGAUGAACAAGCCGUGGAGUACAGAAGACUUAACUAGGAAGGAUCCUUGGCCGCGCCGUAGCACGUCUCCUUCGCAACAACCACAGUGGAGUAAAACUUCAUCACUGACUGACGAAACUCAACGUCAAAACCUACAACGUCAAGCACUACCGCCCCAACACUACAGCGACCCAUUCCUACCCCAGGAACACUGGUGGAGUCAAAUUGGCAUUCCCCACCCCUCCCAUCCACGCUACCAGCAGUAUCUCCAACGACAGUAUUCUGUUGAUGUUAAUUUUCAAGGUAUGCAAGGUAAUUCCCGCGGGGGAUACUCUGCAUUUCAACCAGUACAACCUCGCGGAUUUCAAAAGCCAACUCGACCGGCUCAUCUUCAAGUUCCAACGGCGUACCCAAAUGGUAAUGGUAACCAUAACAACCAUCAUGCUUCAAAUCCUAGAUUCUAGUGUCGCAAAGACUCUCUGGGACUUUGAUAAACCUCUUGUAAACUCUGUAAGCUGCAAACUAAUUGAGGAAAUUAGUUCAUUCAGAUGAUUGCACUAUAGAAGCCCUCACAAGUAUUAUAUAAAUUCUCUAAUAAUUUCUAAUAAUAACCUAAUGUUGAGUUAAUAUUUUGUGGUCCAGAAACUGAAUAGCCCCACCUUUGAGGAAUAAGCCUGUACGAGGGUAUUCCAAGUCGACUCUUUGGGCUAUACGAAACAAAAACCAAAUGAUACCCGUGUCGUCAUUUUUGUGACGGCAAAAUGAAAGUUUUCGGUUUGUGAACCACGAACUAUAAGUUUGUUUUAAAUUAUGAUGCAUAACGAUGCGCACCGUCUGGCCGCACCCGAGUGGCAUCCAUCAGUAAAUCAACUAAAAUUAUUUUUUAUUUAAYCGAAGCAGUCAUGAUUAAGCGCUGGUCGUUUUGCAAAGCUGCAGGCAAUAUUUUUAUCUCGUUUUUUAUAAGCAUUAAUUUGUUUAACGGUUUUGAUGAAAUAAAAGGCGUGUCAAAUGAGCGGCAAUUAGUGCCUUUGGGAAUUAUAUUCAUAGCCUAACUUGCUUAAAACUGUUGUAACUGAACCAAGAUUGACUAAUUAAUAAACUACUUGAACGAA